UCGCAUCAAGUGAUCAAUCUGGAAUUACCAUAGCCACCAGCGGUUUAGUCUCGAGAUCAUUCAGUAGUCAUUUAUCGACUGAUAUUUUCCCACCGGUUACGCUCAGUCCAUAUCCGAUAUUCUUCGACCUCAGUUUAGUUAGCGCCUAACCGUUAUCGUUACCAGAGUGGGUCGUUGGCGGCCGAUAAGCUUGUGGUCGAAAAAAAAAGUUGUCUGCGGCCCUUCACCAGUCGCCAGUCUCAAGCUUCACCUCUCAGAACUGAUUGCAUUGUAUACAGAUAGUCUCUGUGACUGGGGUCAAGCGAUGGUGAAGUCUGUACUGGCGCAAAAGCGCAAAGGCGCUGACAGAUUAGAAGAGCCAGAGGCUGACGAAUUCAACGGCAACUUGGAAUCCAUCCUGUCGGACCAUGAGAGCGACAGCGUUGACGAUGUGGAGGGAGAGGAGGAAGAAGAUUUGAUCUCCGAUGCCGACGAAGACUCCGAUACUCUCCUAUCUCAGGACGAGGAUGAUAUUCCCUAUCGAAUUGUCAAGGACGCAAAAGGUGGCGAAAGGUACGAGUACGCCGAGAUCGAUGCUGUUUACGACAGUGACGACAGCGAUGCUCACGAGGCCACAAACACAAUUGGAAACAUUCCCUUAUCAUUCUAUGAUUCCUAUCCUCAUAUUGGCUAUGAUAUCAAUGGAAAGAAGAUAAUGCGACCGGCAACUGGGGAGGCUUUGGAUGCUCUGCUCGAUAGCAUAGAAAUUCCGAAAGGCUGGACUGGUCUUACUGAUCCUGAAACUGGAAAACCUCUGAAUCUCAGCCAAGAAGAACUUGAGCUCUUGAAGAAGAUUCAAAUGAACGAAGUCCCUGGAGAAAACUAUGAUCCAUACCCCGAUUUGAUCCCUUACUUCACAUCAAUUGAAGAGAAAAUGCCCUUAAGCGCCGCUCCAGAACCCAAGAGACGAUUUAUCCCAUCGAAACACGAGGCGAAGCGAGUUGCACAGCUAGUGCGGGCUAUAAAGGAGGGGAAAAUUCUGCCUUACAAACCAAAGGAAGACAAGCCUGAGGAACAGGAAGCAGACGAUAUCUAUUACGACAUUUGGUCUAAUGAAGAAGCUCAAGAACGCCAUGUUAUGAACAUUCCUGCACCGAAGUUAGCGGCUCCCGGCUACGACCUGAGCUACAACCCGCCCAGGGAGUACUUACCCACAGCAGAAGAAAAGUCCGCAUGGGAGGCGCAGGAUGAAGAAGAGCGAGAAAAGCAUUAUUUGCCUCAGCAAUUUGAUGCCCUGAGGAAAGUUCCGGCGUACUUGAAUCUUGUUAAAGAGCGGUUUGAGCGCUGUCUGGACUUGUACCUCGCUCCUCGAGUGAAGAAAAAUAGGCUCAAUAUUGACCCUAACUCUCUACUCCCGAAACUGCCUAGACCAGAGGAUCUCAAGCCUUUUCCUUCUUUAUGUCAAACGAUCUUCCAUGGGCAUGAAGGUAGAGUUCGGUCAGUUGCGUUUAGUCCCGAUGGCGAAUGGUUGGCAUCUGGUGGAGAUGAUGGUACUGUGCGUCUAUGGUCACUAAACGGUAAAGAGGAAUGGAAGUGCAAAAUUUCUUCUGAUGAACCCGUCAGCGCGAUUCGCUGGCGGCCCAACAAGGACACUUUCAUCUUUGCCGCUGCUGCAGGCGAGGAUAUUUUCUUAGUCUCGGCGCCCGUCAUAAGCGACGAGGUUGAAAAACAAAGCCGGGACGUUCUCGACGCCGGCUUCGGCUAUGCCAGCAACUCUACAUCGACUACCACAGCGCCCACCAAAGAGCCACCAGCCAAAUGGACACGCCCAGGUUCCAAAUUGGAACAAGCGGGUGUGCUCCUCAAAGUUACUGUUAGAUCCACUGUCAAAACAAUUAACUGGCAUCGCCGUGGUGACUUUUUUUGUACCGUUUCCCCCUCCGGGCAACGAAGCUCGGUGGCCAUUCAUACUCUUUCGAAACAUCUGAGCCAAAUCCCCUUCCGACGCCUACCCGGAUUGGCCCAAACUGCCGCAUUUCAUCCUUUACGACCUCUCUUGUUCGUUGCUACUCAACGAAUGAUCCGAUGCUAUGACCUACAGCGCCAGGAACUUGUUAAGGUGAUCCAACCUGGCGCGAAAUGGAUAUCAUCCUUUGAUAUCCAUCCAGGAGGAGAUAACUUGAUCGUCGGCUCGUACGAUCGACGUCUGCUCUGGCAUGACAUGGACCUCUCGAACCGCCCUUACAAAACAAUGCGUUUCCAUUCAGAGGCGAUUCGAUCAGUCAAAUAUCAUCGUUCUCUGCCCAUUUUUGCAGAUGCUAGUGAUGAUGGAACACUGCAAAUCUUCCACGGGCGCGUCGUGAGCGAUCUGAUGGAGAAUGCAACUAUUGUCCCUGUUAAAAUGCUCAAAGGUCACAAAGUUGUUAGUAAAUUGGGUGUGCUGGAUGUUGACUGGCACCCUAAACAUCCUUGGUGUGUCAGCGCUGGUGCCGACGGCACUUGCAGACUUUGGGCUUAAGGACCCCUCCAUUUGGUCAAUAUCUUGUUGUUUUCGGUUUAGAUUAGAGAUUUAUGAACAAAAUAGGUGAACUGAGGCCAUGUUUUCCGCUGUACGGCUCGAAUAUAGUCAGUCUGUCAACCCGUGUCUUAUGAACUUGCUGCGCCAACUCCGUCUUCUUUUCAACCACUUUUCUAAUUGUAUAACAAAAUCCUCCCCAUGCGGUACCCUUCCAUGCUUGGGAUGGUUGAUUUGCCCAUGCACAAGAACCUUGAGCUAGUCUAUAUAGAUUUGAACCGCUACAAACUUAAGGCGUACACACUAAAGAGUGAGUUUAAAGUACCAGUUGUCACCAAAUGAAUUUUAGUAUGAAAUCUUGAGUCAGUCACCAGUCGACCCUUUUUUUAAAUAAAAAAAUACAUCAACUUUAAUUUUGUCUAUCGUACUACGUACAGAUCCAGUGGUCAAGGAAGUGCGCGUUCUUUUGGAGCUGAGCUGCACGCCUAUCCCACCAGAAGCAGUGUGCGCUUUCCAUGACCCAACGCAGCGACAUAACUAAGCAUAAAAAUUGACCGUCUAUAGGAGUUUGAGUAGUUAGCCGGUGCUCGAAAUUGCAUAAUAAAGCAUGUCUGAAACUUACAUCUUUUUUCUUGGCUUGAACCUCUGAUAUAGCAUCCACGUAAUGUUCGUGGCCAAUCUUGUUCUUGCCUGAUCGCAGUGCAAUCAUGCCUGCUUCGACACAGACAGCUUUGAGCAUAGCACCACCAAACUCGUCAGUACUACGCGCAAGUUCACCCCAGUUUACGCCAGGGUCUACUCUCAUCUUGCGCGAAUGAAUCUUCAUGAUUUGGGCGCGAGCUUCUUCAUUUGGUAGCGGAAAUUCGAUCUUACGAUCCAGGCGACCAGAACGAAGUAGUGCGGGGUCCAAGACAUCAAUUCUGUUCGUUGCUGCCAAAACUUUGAUGCGAUCGUCAGAGGCAAACCCAUCAAGCUGGUUUAAAAGUUCCAGCAUAGUUCUCUGCACUUCUCGAUCACCACUCUUUUCGCUGUCGAAUCGCUUCGUACCAACGGCGUCAAGCUCGUCAAUGAAAAUGAUUGCGGGUGCUUUUUCUUUUGCCAAAGCAAAGCAGUCCCUCACCAGCUUAGCGCCAUCACCAAUAAACAUUUGAACCAGCUGUGGUCCUGCCAGCUUGAGGAAUGUGGCCUCGGUUUGUGCAGCGCAAGCCCUAGCAAGUAAGGUCUUGCCAGUGCCAGGAGGGCCGUACAUUAGCGCACCUAUUUCAACCAUUAGCAUCGCAUGUUCUCCAUCAAUAAAAAGUACUCUGCAAUCUACCUUUUGGCGCCUUGAUACCGAUUUUCUUGAAUCGAUCAGCCUCCUUCAUCGGCCAGACAAUGGCUUCUACCAGCUCCUCAAUCUGCUUGUCUAGUCCACCAACAUCGGUGUACUGUUCGGUCGGUUUUUCGUCGACUUCCAUGGCUUUGACUCGGCUGUCAUAUUCGGCGGGCAGCGUAUCGAGAAUGAGAUAAGAGUCCUUGUUGACACCGAUGAGAUCACCGGGUUUUAAUUCAUCAGAGUCAACGAGACCAAUGAGCGGCAAGAAGAUUGUUUGCCGUGUUGAUGUUUUAAUGACAGCUGAUUUUCCAACUCUUGUGGCAUCAAGAUCAAUGUUUGCUCCCUCCUCUGAUGAUUCCGCGGUUGGGUCGAGGUCGAGAAGCUCUACAACGUUGCCGACUAGAUAAGGUAGUUGUCUAUACAAAAGUCAGAUGUGUUUCGACUCCGGGUUUAAAUGCGACUUGUACCAACCUGUUGUUUGCAAUCUUUUCAACAUUAUCUUUGAUCUUCUCUCCCAUUGCUGCUUUCUCAUGUGAUAAUCGCGAUAGUUCGCUCUUCAUGAUGCGAGAAUCGUUCUCCAACAGUCGUCUACGGGUCUCGAUAUCCUGAGUGCUAAGACCAAGAAUUUCUUCAUCAAGAAUAUCUUCUUCUGCAGUUGCAUCAUUCAUAUCGGCAUCUUCAUCCCCGUUCUUAUCCAAGGCCUUCCUGCCGUGUCUUUUCUGGUCAUCCUUAUCGCGGCGAUCGAGGUCGUCGAGCUCUUCGAGGGUAGACAUCGUGUUCGUUGCGGCAGACACCCGCUAGUUAUAGUGGUAUAUAGAAAACGUAUCCGAGAGUACCAGUUGCUCUAGUUUAGUUGAAAGUCGAACGAACGACGUGGAUGAAUGAUUGUGGUGUUGGUGUACUACUUCGUCCACAAGACUGACCAGUGCUGA